AUGGAGGGUUCCUUAACCGAGUGCGAUCAAGCCGACUGGUUCUUUAUCGGCAACACAGAAGAAGCAUCAACGCAAACCCUUCCAUCGCUUCCAGACCCAGUAUCGCUGGCAAGCGCCGCGACGCAAACUUUCCAGGAUCUGCCCGAGCAGCCCGUGCCGAGUAGGAUAGGCUAUGUCGUUGCGGGAGCUGCACUUCUCGGACUUGGUCUUGCUGCAGGGCGUUACUGGGCCGCCCGAGCACCCGAAGGUCCUGCUUCUCAAGCGCUUGUUUCUGUUGAGGGUCAGCAGACUCAAAAGCUUGAAGGCGAGGCUAUCACCUCACCAUCCUCGGAGCCUUUGCCGGUAAAUGUCAAGGACACCAAAGAUGGAAGUCCAAAGGUGCUUCAGGAUUGGGGGGAAGCUGCAACUCCUUCGCUGCCGGCUCUGGAAAGCUCCCUGGAGCCAGCUUUGAGCCCAAGCUUGGGAGCUUUCGCUUGCGAUGUCCCACCAGCCUCAACGUCGUGCGAGCCCGCUGACAAGGACAUGAAUGCGGCCGAGAUCGUCCCGGUUCCGGAUUCUGUGCUCACGCAGGUGGAAGGGAAGCAGGCAUCCCGGUACAAUCUGCAGGGUGCGGCAGUGAUUGGACUGGGCUUGACCGCCUUCGCAGCGGCGGGCCUUCUAAGCAGGACACUCUGGUGCAAAGGUGCAAACAUGCGACAACUCUGCGCGGCCCGCCAGGUUGGCUCAGCGCAACACGAGCGACUACAAGGCUCACUUCCAACGAUGUCUCCUGCUCCCAAGCCAACUGGCCAGGCUGGAAAGAACAACCCCGUGGGCAAUGGGACCUCGAAAGCCCAGCAUAUAUCGAGUUUCGCAACGCCGUGCGGACCAUCCAGCACCAAGAGCCACGGCAUCAUGAAGCAAGACGCCAGCGACUGCGUUGACAUCGACUUCGCGAUACUGGCGAAGUCUCGGCUUAGGCCAGCAGCAACCCAACAGGCGGAGGUCUACAUCCUUGACGGCAUUGUGCGACCUGUACCUCCUACAUCUUCCAGGGUUUUUCGCAUGCUGCCCAAGCAAUGA